CCUCCAUCGAUCUCCAAAAUCUCCCUACUAAUUCCAUUAAUGGAUUUCUUCUUUCACACCCACCAAAACCAAAAACAUGUACGCCCACCCAAACACAACAAAAAGAGGCUGAACCCCGACCAAGUGAGGCUCCUAGAGAGAAGCUUCACCUCCAAUAACAAACUAGACGCUGGGCUCAAGCUUGAGCUUGCAAAACAACUCCGUAUUCCCCAAAGACAGGUUGCUGUUUGGUUCCAAAACAGGCGAGCCCGGGGUAAGAACCAGAGCCUUGAGCUUCACUACAACGCGCUUCAGCAACAGCUGCAAAAUGCAUUGGUUGAAAAGAGGAGGCUCGAGAAAGAUUUGGAGCGCCUUAAAGGAGAGCUGGAGAAAGCUCGAGAAAUGGCUCUUGCUUUGAAACAAACAGGCCCUCGAGUUUCUUGUAAAUAUUCUAUCUCUUUUGAUGAGUCAGGGAGCUCUUUAGAGAAUGGCGGGUUUUUGCCAAUUGAUGAUCAGGAACUGUUCGCUUGUUUGAUUAAUGGUGAAGAUGGGUCAAGCUGGGAAUAGCAAGAAAUUAAUGUGGUUGAAACUUGAAUAUAAAAACAAAUUAGUAUGGUUAUUUCUACGUAGAUUUGUUUUAUUUUAUUCUAUGAUGAAUUAUUAUUUUAGAUUA